UUUCCACUUCUUUGAUUAUUGUUUAUAUUUGGGAAAGCUGAAAGAGCAUGGUUUUGAGCCUUUUCCUGAAUCCAAGUUUUUCUAGCUUGCGGUCGUUGUGUAGACGAGGCGCUGUGUCUGGGAGUCCGUGGCGACUGUGCCCGCUGGGAGCGACUCCCAAGUCCAGCAGAAUAUGCAACUGGUUUUAUGGAAAAAAAGCGAUGUGAAGUAUGGUGCCUAUUUUUUCCUUUGUAAAAAAAAUUUAAAAAAGCAUGUUUCUAACUCUUUUUUUGCCUAUUUUUCUGAUAACAUUUUUUGUAGGUGGGAUUUUACGGCAGUGUUUACAAGUUUGUGGUCUUGCAGUACUGGUGCAAACCACUGAGCAAAGAUAUUCAAUUUUAUAUUUUUUAUUCCUUUUUUGGAAGCCGGUGAGAAAAAAUUCGUUUUUUCCCCCCUGUUUUUGAUACCCAUUGAUAACAUGAAACUUUUCUUGCAGCUGGUGACUGGGAUCAUUUUUAAGCAAAAUACUUUUUUUUCCUCCUUUACAUUAACUAUGACUUUUGCACAUUUGACUUUUUUAAAAAAGAGAACAAAACCGAGAUAAUUUUAUGAUAGAUAUCCUGAUAUCUAUAUCUAUAUUAUUCCUUCUUCCUUCUCCUCCCCUCCCCGUAAAUCAAUUUUCAAAUGAUGGCAGUGGAAGGUUUUUCUGGAAAAAAAAAAUGAAGUGCGGUUUGGUUUCCUUGUCAACGGAGGACGAAGUGAACAGCUGAGCAGCUCGCAGAGAGCAGGAUUAAAACAAGGUGAGCCAACCAUGACUGGCAAAACACAGACCAGCAACGUUACCAAUAAGAAUGAUCCCAAAUCCAUCAACUCCCGUGUUUUCAUCGGCAAUUUAAAUACAGCCAUCGUCAAGAAAGUUGACAUUGAAGCCAUUUUUUCAAAGUACGGGAAAAUAGUUGGAUGCUCAGUUCACAAAGGUUACGCAUUCGUACAGUACAUGAGCGAGCGACAUGCGAGAGCUGCAGUGGCUGGAGAAAAUUCCAGGAUCAUCGCAGGCCAACCGCUUGAUAUCAAUAUGGCAGGAGAACCCAAACCAUACAGGCCAAAACCUGGAAACAAGAGGCCCCUUUCUGCACUUUACAGACUGGAAUCAAAAGAGCCUUUCCUAUCUGUUGGUGGUUAUGUCUUUGACUAUGAUUACUACAGAGAUGAUUUCUACAAUCGGUUGUUUGAUUACCAUGGGCGCGUGCCUCCACCUCCUCGCGCUGUCAUCCCACUGAAGCGUCCCCGGAUGGCGGUCACGACGACUCGCAGGGGGAAAGGAGUCUUUUCCAUGAAAGGGGGAUCCAGAUCUGCCAGUGGAUCAUCUUCUUCAGGCUCUAAAUUGAAAUCAGAUGAGUUACAGACAAUCAAGAAAGAAUUAACUCAGAUCAAAACUAAAAUUGACUCCUUGCUAGGACGCCUGGAGAAAAUUGAAAAGCAGCAGAAGGCAGAGGCAGAAGCUCAGAAGAAGCAAUUGGAAGAGAGUAUAGAGCUGAUUCAAGAUGAAUGUGUGUCAGAGAAUGCAGAUCACUCUACAGAGGAGCCUGCUGAAGGAGGGCAAGAUGCGGAUGGAGAAGAGAUGACUGAUGGGAUAGAGGAGGACUUCGAUGAAGAUGGGGGUCAUGAGCUGUUUCUACAGAUAAAGUGAUCUGAAGCAAUGUAUGAUACCGCAAAAGCAGAAAAGAGAAACUGUGACAACCCCCAGAAAUGUGAAAGGAGGUUUCUUACUGGAUAGCAGCAUCUUUGCUUCGAUUUAUAUAAAAAUCCCAAAUAAAUAAAUGGACAGUAUCAUCCAAUUUCAGAAAUUCCAUUUCUUCUAUGUUCUAAGCUGUACAAUUGUCAGGAUUUUAUGGUUUAAAUUGUAAAUGUGUUUUCCUUCUUGCUGAUUACUUUUUUUUAAGUCUUAAAAUGUGAAGGACAUUUAUGAAUGGUAGGAGAGACUCUGUAUACAAAUGUAUAUUUGUAAAAGCUAUUUUUAUGAUUAGCAUGUUUCAUUGUCGAUCGUAUAUAGUCAGGUGAUAUUGCAAUUCUAUGUUUAAAGCUUAUUCCCAAUAACAACAUGCAAUGUCAUGUAAGAAAAGAUACAUUGUAUGCUACUUUUAUAAUUUAUUUUUAAUUUAUAGUUUAAAGUACUUCAGAUCAUAAGGAUAAAACACUUGAAAAAGUUAUAUUUCUUCCCUCAAUAAGCACCAUUUUUAUUAAUAAAGAAUGCAACUAUGUAUUUCAAAUGUGAUGCAACAGUUAAAGGACUAUUGUUUUGACUUGUGACUACUAAAUUGAGCAUGCUCUGCUCUACUGAACUGGAAUGAUCCAAUUAUUACCUAAUUAUUUCAGUAUGGAUGUGAGAGUCCAUGGACAGGUUUCCAUGCUCAUGCAGGUGAAAACUAGAUGGACAAGAAAAAAGAUUGUCUUGUCUUUGGAUCCAAAGGUUUUAAUCAAUGCAUAUGUCACUUCAUUUCACCUCCUGUUUCCAAGGAUUCUCCAUUCCCAAGCAUUGCAAGUGUUUUUCAGAUGCUCCUAGCUGUCUUGUGCUGUGGAAAUGGAAAGAACCAUCUUCACAGUCUGUAGGAAAAUUCAGCAUAUAAUUUCUAAAUAAAUACUUUCUUUUAAAACAAA